AUGUCCAACGCAGUCUGGGGGAAGGAAUACCUUCUGUACAGGUACGACUGCUUGAGAAGCACCAUCUUGGUACAAUCGAUAGUCCUACACCAAUCCCUCCUGUCAAUGAUGACAAGCCACGAGACCGCGGACGAAAACGACGAGAUCCUCCUCAUAGCCGCACGACAGAGCGCGCUCAAUCUCACACUUGAAGCAUUUCACAGCCUGAUCAAGUGGAUCGACGGAGGGUACGGGACCCGCACGAUCCCCGAACACCGCAAGGAGAAGACUCUCAGCGCGUUGCUGAGGGAAGUGGCGAUCAAAAGGCUGAAGGCGAAGCUGAAGAGGGUCAAGGGUGACUUGAAGCGACAGUGUGGUGUGGUCUUUGAUACGGAAAGCGCAGUGCCAGGCAGAAGGCCUAGUAGGUUGUGGUUUGGCAUGAGAUAG